AUGAGCGCACGUCGUCUCCCUAUCUUGGCUAUUCAAGCCGCUUUUGGCACGAGCAAGACAGUCAUUGGUGCUCUCAUCGCCGCACGAACAUUUUCUGACUUCAGCGAACGGGUCAUCGCCACUACCUCGACUAAUACAGCUGUUGCCCAGUUCACGGACACUUUGCUACGUCUCGACGACUAUAACCACCUUGACAUCCUGCGCUACGUGUCUGAUGCUGCCCUAAUCGAAGGAGCACCACAGACGCCCAUACACCUCCACACCAUCUUGAAGCAGCUGCCUGAAAACUAUGCAGACGCCCUUUCUCCAGAGUCUCUCGAAACGUGCCUUAAAUACAAACGAGGUCGGGAGCUCUUAGAGCGCUUUAUGUUCUACCAUGAUCUCGCCGUCGAACUGUCAAAAGCUGAACGCGAUGAAUAUCGCCUAGCGGAACGCGACAUCUCUGACCUCACGAAGAAGACCAUAACCAUCAUGUUCCAAGUUUGGCCCCCCGCAGUCGUUUGUAUCACGACAUCGGCGCUUCUGAACAGCAUCGCCGCAGAUGGCAUUUUCCGCGGAUGGUUUGAUUCCUUCACCACAUUGAUAGGAGACGAAGCCUCGCAGAUCCCUGAACCCGCAUUAGUGGCCUUAGCUACUCAUUUGCCGCAUGUCCGUCACAUCUACAUAGGCGACACUCGACAAUUGGAACCACACGCAAGAUGCCCCCGCUCUUCCAAUCCCGCUCGUUAG